AUGGAUGCUAUUAAAAUGGCGGGGAGUUACGAGAAAGGACAACUGGCGGUGAAGCUAGAAAAAUUGUUAUUUGGAUUACGCAAACCCGCAUGUUUGCACCGCAAACGUCAAGAAAACACACGACUAUGGCGAGCUUUUACGUCGAUGACCUGCCGUUUAUGGCGUCAAUACCUGCUGACGCUUCUUCAUAGAUAUAAAGAUCGUCCAUUAGAAACGUUAGAAGGGUCAGGAAGAUCUUGUGUGUGUAAAUGGAGCUGA